UGGCGGUUUCUCUGUUGCAGGCGGACCAAAACAAAACAUCUUCCACAACUUUAACUGAUUUAACUUUCAGGGUGUUGCCAUGGAGGAGGUGACCCGCCUGGUGUCAACAGGAGACUGUGUGAAGAUCUGGGAUGCGGUUUCCAUGGCACCAGUGGAGCAGUUUAACCCACACAGCAUCAGCCAUCCUGUCGCACAAGCCUGCUGGAGCUCCAACAACCAUUACCUGGUCAGUGCCAGCACCAGCGGAGAUAAACUGGUGGUUUCCAGCCUGAAGUCGACUCCAGUUCCAGUGGUGGAACUGGCCGAGGGGAAAAAGCAGACUCGUGUGUGUCUGAGUUCAUCGUCUCAAUUUCUGGUUAGUGGAGGUCUGGAUCACUGCAUUCAUAUUUGGGACCUGAAGACCAAGAGACUUCACCGGUCCCUCAAGGACCAUAAAGAAGAGGUGACCUGUGUGACCUUCAAUGCCAAUGACAGCUGCAUUGCCUCCGGUUCCACCAGUGGAGAUCUGGUCCUCCACAGUCUGACCACCAACGUGUCCAGCAAAGCCUUUGGCCAUGGCAGCAACCAGCCCAUCCAUGACCUGAGGCUGUCCAUGCUGAAGCGCUCCCUGCUGGGCAGUGUGUCGGACAGUGGCACUGUGGUCCUGUGGGACUCCAACACCCAGAAGGAGCUCUAUGUUUUUGACAGCGCCCAUAAGGCCCCGGGCUCCGGCCUGGCCUUCUCCCCUGCCAGCGAGCUGCUGGUGGUCAGUGUCGGUCUGGACAAGAAGAUUGUCUGCUACGACACUGCCAGCAAGAUUGUCCUGAGGUCGAUCCGGGUGGACAGUCCUCUGACCUCGGUGGACUUCACUCUGGACGGUACUGGCCUGGUGGUCGGAUCCACUCAAGGGAAGAUCUACCAGUACGACCUUAGGAACUCCAGCGCACCCACCAGGAUCACUGUGGCCCAUAAAACCUCUGUCACCUGCCUUCGCUUCCAGAGCAACACCAGCAGGCACAAGUCCAGUAAACUGGGCUCCACCAAGGUCGCCAGUACUAAAAGAUCCUCAACCAAAGUGUCCAGCAGCCAACCGGACCCUGCCCCUAGCCCAUGCCCCGCCCCCCACAGACAGGUGAUGGGUACAGGGGGCGCUGCUGCAGAGGUGAUGUCCCGGGAGGCUGAGGGUCAACAAGGGACAGAGCAGCCUCCUGCUGUGGAGAAGUUCAGCAGCGUUGGACGAAACAGUCUGGACGUCUUCUCUCCUGCACGAGAGGACUCCAGGACACGGGGGCCAACUGGAGACACACCGUUAGGACGAACAGUUACCAGUUUGGAGAUGUUAUCCAGAGAAGGGGAGGGUCAGCAGGUCAUUGGUCGGGCCAGUCUGGACAUCUUCUCCCCAGUCAGAGAAGACUCUCAUUCAGGUGCCAACUCUCAUCGUAAGACCCCCCUGGGAACGCCCCUGGUCGCCUCUGCAGGUCGAUGCUACAGUCCGCUGUCCAGCUUCCAGACACCCCCGCCAAUCAAAGAAGAAGAGCCAAUCACUGCUGCAGCUGCUGAGCCAUGUGACUCCAGGAAGUCUGACAAGACCAGCAGCUCCAGCCUUGAGGUGGAGGGUCAGACCACACCCACAUCAUCCCAGCAGACCAAUCACAGCCUGCCAGCCCCGCCCUUCUUCACUCCAGAGCCCAGCCUCCGGAGAGCCAGCGGCAUUCAAGCUCAGCUGAGCUACGACUCACCUGUCCACGGAGCUCCACCCACUGCAGCAGCAGGUCCAGCCCUGUCGGCGGCUGUGUCCUCCUCCCUCUCCCAGAACAUCGCAGAGGUGGUUGGUCAGGGAGGAGCUGCUCCACUUACCUCCCUACAGAUCCACUUCAUCCAGAACAUGAUCCAUGAAACCCUGGAGGACUUCAGGGACGCCUGUCACAGAGACAUCGUCAACCUUCAGGUCGAGAUGGUCCGACAGUUCUACAUCCAGCUGAAUGAGAUCCACAGUCUGAUAGAGAAAUACUCUGUGAACGAGUCUCUGGUGGAGGAGAUCGAGAAGCUGAGAGAGGAGAACCGCAGACUGAAGACCAACUACUGACCUUCUCACAGGCAACACCCAGACUGUCCCUCCCUCAACAAGGUUCUGUUCAAGGUUCAGUUAGAGAUGGUUAAAGGUGAGUGGGGAAGGAUGUGGUCUGGAUCCUAUCUGCUAAACGCAACAAAAAAAAGUGUCUCAUCUCAGGGAGGGAAAGCGGUGAAUCCAAAAAACCCCCGGCCUUUCUGCUGCCUGUGGACGAUAGAGGACGGACAGAGUCAGACAACUGUGACUGAAACACUGGCAGUGCCUCCUGAUGCUGAGGACGAUGGAGACAGAGUUUUGAUGAAUCCUUGAACUGAACUGAUGUGUGAUGAAACGUGAGGAUGAAUCUUUAAAUAAAGCUUUUGGUUUUGUAAUUUAAGUAUAAAUGCAUCAUUUCACAGCCUAUAAAACCGAAAACAGUCUGAGGUUUAGCGCUUUACGUCUUUAGAUGGACACUUGUUCAUGUUAGUAGUCGGCUCAUGUGUGUCUCCUGUACCAUGCUUUUAUUCAGAAGAAUCAUUUUGUGUAAAGAAUAAAAAAGAUUAAUAUUAAAAAUGA